AUGAUCAAGACCUUAUUGCUUUGUAUUGUUGCUCUUUUAUGUUCUCUCGUCAUGAUUGAUGCUGCUGCUCAAUCUCGAAGGGGUGAACUUACCACUUUAACCAGUGUCAUUGAUGCCAGACGUAAAGAUCCUGACCACGAAACUAGUUUGUGUCAUUCUGGCUAUGAUGAUUGUUAUGAUGGUCAUUGUUGUAUUGCCGGCGGUGAAUGCUGUGCCCAACGUGGUACUUGUUGUGGUAGAGGAUACUAUUGUGUGAAUAACGCUAGGCGUCAAUCUGGAUGCUGUCCUAAGGGUCACGUCUGUGAAGAACCAUAG